GCAGCAGGGGACCAAUCAGGUGUGAGUUGAACGCGCACGAGAAGCCUGUACCUGAGAAGCCUUCACCUGUAAACGCACUCAAGCGGCGUUUAGUGCCUCUGUCACCUGCAGCCACCUGCAGCCACCUGCCCCUUUGUCUAACACCUGAGAAAGCGUUAAACAAACAAACAAACAACAACAACAAACAUCAAAACAACACCAAAGUGAGCAGCCAUGCCAAGCGUAAAGGUUGUGUUGUUAUUUGGUCUGGUUUUGCUCGGGGUUUCACGCGCCGCUCCGGAGGACGUUUACACCAAGGUGCUUCGCCUGCUCUCUCCUGGGGAACAGAACCUGAGGGACUCCGCGCUUCGCUCCUUAUUGAAGCUUGUGGAGAAACGUGUGCAGUGUAGCGGCGUGUCGUGUGGAAAGUGUCUGUCAGAGGACAGUGUAGGGCAGCUGGUGAGUAACUACUCCAGCUCCAGUGGUGUGCAGGUGGACGGCUUCUUCAGGUUGGCUGCUGGAUGCUUGCUGCUGCUCAGCUCCCCUUCAAACACCUGCACAGCCAUCAGAGAGGGACGCUGGGAGCAGGAGACCAGGCACUUCAUCCGCAUGCUGUUGGACCACAGUGAACACAGCCUGGAGGAGCUCUUACAUGACAUCCAAGAGCAUUAUCUGCCUGAACAUCAUGAGCACUGCCUCACUCUGGCUGACAUCCUGAACGAGAGCGAAGUGACUCUGCCUGAUGGAGACCAUCAUCACACUGACCAUCACACUGACCUCGAUACUGUGUUCGGUGUCCUACUCUACCACGUCUUACUGGGAGACUGCAUCACCUCUCACAGCCUUCCUCCUGAGGACUUCUUCCUGGAUUACGUAUUCACCCACUACGGCCCAGACCGCAUCACUCUUCAAGACCUCGACAGGUUGAUGAAAGCUCUGAACCUGGGAGAGAAAAAGGCUAAUGACGUUGAGCAUGACCACAGCCACGAGACCCAUAAUGAAGACAUGAGACUCAUCCAACAUGAUGAAGAGGGCCUCGGGCAGAGUCGCGAUGAGCCUCGGGCCUCCAACAACAGCUGGGACACGGGCUGUUUCAGUGCCAAGGAGUUGCUGAUGAUCUACCAGAUGAACAGCUCCGGACUGGAAAGAGAUCAGUUCGCUCGCCUGAGCCCAGCUCUGAUCCAGCAGCUCCUUAAUAAAUCCUGUACUGAGACCAAACCCACGACGGUGGUGUCCGACUCCCUCAGCACCACAGAGCGAUACGUGUACGCUACCCUGGCCAACACGCUGAUCUGUCUGACGGCCAUGUUCGGGAUCGUGGUGCUGCUGUGUACGACCUGCAGCAGCCUGUUCCAACUGUGCAUUCAGUUCUGCAUCAGUCUCGCCGUGGGCUCGCUGACGGGUGACGCGCUGCUCCACCUCCUUCCCACGUUCUUGGGGUUACAUGUGCACAGCGAUGGAGCAAGUGAAACCGCACAUGACUCUACAUACAUCUUUAAACUGCUGGUUCUUCUGGGAGGGAUCUAUUACUUCUACCUGAUGGAGACCAUGUUCUCAAUCUUCACUUACAAAGACAAACACUCUCCUCACCAUCACCAUGCUGAGGAGGACGAGCCGCACCACUGCGACCACGGCAAAGUGCUGCAGAUGUACCAGAAAGAGCAAAAGAGCAAACUCUCCACAUCCCAAGCAGACCUGGUAGAUGGAGAAAAAAAGUCCUUCCCAGAAGCAGAAGAAACCCCUCGUUCAAGAGAGCAGCGCCUGCUUCCGUAUAUGAUUACAAUCGGCGACAGCAUUCAUAACUUCGCAGACGGUCUGGCCAUCGGCGCCGCCUUUUCAGUCUCCUGGCGCUCUGGAUUGGCUACAUCUCUGGCUGUGCUUUGCCAUGAACUUCCACAUGAGCUAGGUGAUUUUGCUGUGCUGCUGCACUGCGGCGUGUCUGUGAAGAAAGCUCUGCUGUUAAACGUAGGCAGCGCUCUGACCUCCUUUAUCGGUCUCUACACCGCUCUCUCAAUCUCCACCGACUCUGCAGCCAAAGAGUGGAUAGCAGCAGUCACGGCAGGCCUCUUCCUCUACGUAGGGCUCGCCGAUAUGCUUCCCACCAUGAUUCACGUGGACAGCAAGAAGCCAUGGAUGACAUUUCUGCUGCAGAAUCUGGGGUUGCUUUCUGGCUGGGGAAUCUUACUGCUGCUCUCUUUUUACGAGGACAAGAUAGGCAUCUAGAGGACUUUUUUUUUAACCCCUGAUAGUCAGGUUAAUUUAUGUCUUGCUUGUAGUCCAAGGCCCGUAUUCAUAAAGAUUCUUAGAGGAAAGAGGUUCUCCUAGUGAUGUAAAUCUAAGAAAAUACUUUGAAAUUUUGGCGCUUGCCUUUAAAAUUAAGGAGAAGAUCCUAGUAAAGAUAAAAGUUCUUCAUAAAGCAUCUUUUAACCCUUAAAACAGCUCAUAAGGUCAAAAGGUGUUAGGAGUCGUGAGGAGGACGUUUAAGAGGAUCAAAAGCUUCUUUAGCAGCGGAGAAAAUGUCCGAAAGAUGAAGAGGGACAAGAAACGUAUUGUAUACAAUAUUUAAUAAUGAUAGUGAGUUAAUAAGAUGAUACAGAUUAGAUGGUGUAGGGAUUCUUUUUGUGACUAAUCAUAUUAGAGAUCACAUCUCCUACACAGCGCAGAAACGCCAUAUAUAUAAUCACAGUCUUCCAAAGUCACCUAGUAACAGGGUUAAGCCCUGCAUCCUGACUAACGUUUUUAUAUUUCCCUUGUUCAGAGUUGCUCUGAGUUUGGUCCUGAAUCACUCUGAAGAUAAGAUUCCUAGUUAGAAAUGUUUAAGCAACAUUAGGAGCUCUCUUACAAGAUCACUCUUACAAUCUUACAUUAGGAGCUCUCUUACAAGAUCACUCUUACAAUCUUACAUUAGGAGCUCUCUUACAAGAUCACUCUUACAAUUUUACAUUAGGAGCUCUCUUACAAGAUCACUCUUACAAUCUUACAUUAGGGGCUCUCUUACAAGAUCACUCUUACAAUCUUACAUUAGGAGCUCUCUUACAAGAUCACUCUUACAAUCUUACAUUAGGAGCUCUCUUACAAGAUCACUCUUACAAUCUUACAUUAGGAGCUCUCUUACAAGAUCACUCUUACAAUCUUACAUUAGGAGCUCUCUUACAAGAUCACUCUUACAAUCUUACAUUAGGAGCUCUCUUACAAGAUCACUCUUACAAUCUUACAUUAGGAGCUCUCUUACAAGAUCACUCUUACAAUCUUACAUUAGGAGCUCUCUCAGAUCACUCUUACAAUCUUACAUUAGGAGCUCUCUCAGAUCACUCUUACAAUCUUACAUUAGGAGCUCUCUUACAAGAUCACUCUUACAAUCUUACAUUAGGAGCUCUCUCAGAUCACUCUUACAAUCUUUACGAAUACGGGCCCUGAUAAUAUAUAUCUAACUUUUUUUUUGUUCAGCCCCUUUGGCUCAAAUAUUUUUUGGUGGCCACAGUUCAGUGUGUGUACUUGUUGAACAUCUAAUUCCAUAUCUAGUCCUAGUCCAUAACCUCCACUUUAUUUAUCUAGUAAUUUCCACUAGACCAUUGCUCUGGGGCUUUGUGCUCAUUCAGCAGGAGGCCUGGGGUGUUCCAUUUCAUCCCAAAGGUGGUCACUGGGGUUGAGUCAGAGUCAGAGCUCUAUGCUGGACACUCAAGCUCUUCACUUUUCACUCCAUUCCUCUCAAACCAUUUCUUCAUGGAGCACAUUCCUCCGCUCCAGUGAAGGGAAAGUGUAAUGUUACAGCAUACACACACAUUCUAGACAAGUGUGGCACACCGUUUGAGGAAGAACCACAUGUGGAUGUGAUGGUCAGGUGUGCAAUAACUUUUAGCCAUAUUCAUUAGUGUAUGUUGACUGUAUACUUAAAAAAUGUUAGCCAAGUCAGACAUACUCGUGUUUGUUUGUUUGUUUGUUUGUUUGUUUGGACAGGUAGCUCGACAGACUGCUCAGUCGGAUUGUUUAAGUAUUAAAAUGCAGAACUUCCUCCUAAAAAUUCAGAAAGGUUGGCAAAGCCAUUUCACGCUUUAAUAUUUAUACAAACUGGUUCAAUUCAGUGUCCCAUUUUCCUUUAGUAACAAUCAUAUGCACUGGGUGAUUACUUUACUAAGCACACCUUCCAUGUUUCUACAUUCACUGGCCAGUUUAUCAGAUAUUCAAUAAUUAGCACAUGUACACUGACAGCGAUGCUGUAACUGAUGCACUCACUCCAGUGACUGAAUACAAAACAUAAAAUGGCCAGAAGUAAAAGGUAGAUGUGGAUUGUAGUUGCUGACGUUUGUAGAUUGCAUUUUUAUAUUUUUCUUCAGAAGUAUAUUAAUGAUAUUCCAAAUGUAUAACGAUUGAUAGUAAUGAUGUUAUGGUUAUUUUUUUUUUUUUUUGUUCUGUUAUCAAUUUAUGACCAAACGGAUAAGUUUAGCAGCUUGAUAUUACAAAACAAUAAACAAGGAAACAUUACCCUUUUAUUUAUUUACUUAACGUGCUUUUUAAGCCGACUGCAAAUAAAUACAAAUGGAUUUAAA